CGCACAUGCACUUUGAACUCUUCAGUCUUUCCCGCUGCAACCCAAACUUUGGACUUUUUUUUUGGGGAUCCACGUCCGUCACAACGUUUCCAGACAAGGAAACGACCUCCAUCAACUCAAAUAACCCGCGCGCCUUCAUCCUCUUGAAGCUCGUGCCGGCUAUCUGAUUGAUUGCAUGUCUCCUUGGGACCCGACAGCAGAGAGUAAACCAAAGCUGCAGUCGUACGGACAGGAUUGUGGUCCGUCGUCGAACUAACAUUGUAGGGUGUACGGUAUUGAAAUUCCAUCUUCAUUCAUCCCUUUCACGCGCCGCACGACGGGAAUCUAUACGCCCUCCUUCAUCUGAACUUCUCAAGUCUCUGCUUGACCGAUCAUACCAAAGACCGUCGCGUCUUUCCAAUCGCCUCGUGCGACUAUCGACCAAAAAGUGGAAGAAGGCGCCGGAGCCCUUUAAUCUUCUCUUUCGCAAAAAAAAAGAAGCUAUCGUGAGUUGGGCAGUCGCAGUGGCCGACAACCACUAAGGAGGGAAAAGCCUUCCUCCACCCGCGCCCCAACGACCAUCUUGCGUCGACGCUGGGAAAUGCGGCUCGAUUGCUAGCGCAAUCCCAUACAAAGUCCACAUAGCUGCCUCCAGACAUCUCUCGCCGUCAUGUCUCAAUAUCCCCCCUACCCAGGACCCUACAACGGCUACGGCCAGUAUCACGGCCAACCGCCUCCCCAGCCGCCUCCCCAAUCGCCGUACGGAUACCAGCAUCCUCCGAACUUCUCGGUCCCUCCUCCCGUUACAGCUCCUCCUCCAUAUAACGCCGCCCCAUUGUUCCCGCCUCCGGGUCAGCCUGGAUUCGGAAUUGAUACGAAUCGCAACAUUUCGCAGGGCGCAUUUGACUAUAACUCGAUGCAAAUCCCGGGCCUUGGAAUUGGUGGCCCACCUGCUACGAGCACGCCUUUUGGCGUCCCACCUAUUCCCAGUCCCUGGGGUCGACCGCCGCCGUCGUUCCAGAACUAUCAGCCGCCGCCCAUGAUGCCUCAGCAGCCGACGCAGCCCUCUGCGCCUCGUGCCUUUGGCGGAUAUUCUGGUCCAAGCCAACCCGUUGCUGCUGGACCUUCUUCGAAUGGGCCUGUAAACCGCCCCGCCAAUCUCCCGCCGAAGCUUCCCCCCAAGCCGCCUGCUCGCGUCACGAGAGAGAUCGAGAUAGAAGAAGGGGAGUUGAGUGAGGGUCAGUUCGAGGACCUGUAUGAGCCUGCCCCUCCCAUCACUGUCAACACCAAUAUAAAGAAAGCUUCAAAGCCCAUCCCGGCCCCUGUCGAGAGCCAGCCCACGAGCGCAGUCGAUACUCCGGAUGCGAACUUCUAUGGAAAUGAUGAGGACGAGGGAGAAAUACCGGCGAAGGAUGGCAGAGGUGGUGUACCUGGCUCAACACGUGAACGGUCCGGCUCCUACUCGCCUUUCCUCUCGCCAAGGGAGCUGCAAUCUGGAAAUCCGACUCCGCAAAAUGGCGAUAAGAAUAUGCCAGCACCGCAAUCUGUCCCCGACCGAACAAAAGCGAUCGGUAAUGCUAAUGGACGAGCGCCUCUUGUUCCUGGUCUUCAAUUUGCCGCAUCCUCCUUUAGCAACUCUGCGACACCCAAAAAUACCGAACAAUCGGUGUCUGCACCCCAAACUGCUCCUGGUAACUCGUCUGCGCCGAAAACGUUACAAACGGUCCAGAAGGAAGCUCAGCUUGCCAUAUUGCGUCUGCUACCCCUGGGCGUCAAAUAUCAGAAUUAUAUAGAAGAGGGUAUUGAUGAGAAGGUCGUCCAAAAGCUCUACAACAACCUUCAUCUUGAUAUACCGAAGCCCGCCUCGGAGACUGCAACGACAACUGCGCCAAAGGCCGCCCAAGAACAGGUGUCCAGCCCCGUACCCACCUCGCCGCGGACCACAAAGGUACAACAGCAACAGCCGACACCUGUCGUUACUGAUACCGUUUCCACAACUGAGCAACCAGGCAAAGAAGAAAGUCGCAAAGACCGUAUUGCGCGGUUAAUGGCCGCAAAGGCCGAGAAGGCCGCAAAACCUCCAGCUGCCCCUGCCUCGAAACCUCCUUCUGCGCCCGCCCCCAAAACGGCACCUGCUCCUGUCGCAAUGGCGCAAUCGAACCCCGUAUUUUCCGAACCAAAGGCAGCGCCAGCGGCAAUGCAAGAGAAGCCGAGUGGCGAUGCCGCCGCGCCCAAACCCAAACUGGGCCCCAAGGAGCUCUUGUUACAGCAGAAGAUUGCAGCACUGCAAAAGUCUCGCGAAGCGCAGAAGCAGGGACAGGCAAACAUCAAACCACAAAUCGCGACCCCAGGUCUGGUUGACAAGGCUACAAGCACUCAUAUUUCUAAUUAUGCGGCCUCAACCGAUUUGAAAAAUGGCGUACCCCAGCCUCAAGCCCAGGCCAAUGUUUCCACGGCAGUGCCGUCUAUUCCCGGCCUUCACUUUUCUGGAACCCCGAAUGCUCAACCUGCGCUACCUGCGAACCCGCGGAAAAGACCAGUGGCUGCUGAUUUUGUAGAGUACUCCUCAGCAGCAGCCAAUCUGCCUAAACGACCUUUCGGUCAAAUCAGGAAGGAAACCUCCCUGGUAAUCGAUGUGACUGAUGGUUCAGACGACGAGGAUAUGGACAUAGAUAUGGACAUGGAGUCUCCCACUGAUGUCUCACAGCCAUCACAGACAGCUAAUGGGAGCUUCCAGAGUGGCGGGCCAUUGCGUGAUUUCCCACUUUUGACAGACACCUUGCCGUCGCGUCAAGUUUCAAGCCCGCUCCCCGUUUUGCAGGCAUCGAAUCCACCUGCAACAGCGCAGAAUAUCAGAAGACGAGAAACGGAACUCGACGUCAAAGAAAGGAUGAUUCAGGAAAUGCGCAGGAAGAUUGCUGAGGCCGAGGCCAAGAGGAAGGCCAAGAAGUCCUCCGCGGGUUCGCAAACGCCUACGCAGCCUGAGCACACCCCGGAACUGAAAGAUGAUGGAGGAUCCAGGCUGCCUAUCACUCGGCAGUCGGUUUCGACAAGCUGUACGGGCCUAUCUUCUGUCACAACGCCCCUACGGCCCGCUUCAGCAGCACCUGUUCUUAGCUCACCAAGCACUGCAGAACCUGCAAAGCCAAGUCCAGCUGCAAAGGCGGCACUGGAAGCCAAGAUGGACAGGCUGAGGCAGCUGCGAGAGGAACAAGCUCGCUUGGAAGCCGAGAUCAAUGGGUUGUCCGAAGAACCCGAACAGCCUGACAUCAACACUAUGGAAGUUCCCACCCAGUCGAACGGUUCAGAUAAGGACACCACUUCUGUAUCUGCCCAUCCUACCGUUGAAUUACACAAUGAUUCAGAUUUCUGCAAGCCUGAUAUUUCAUCAGCGCCUUCAGAAUCCUUGAAAGCGGGCAGCACCGUUGUAGUUGCUGAAGAUCAGUCUUCAGCGUUGUCCUCCAUCCCGGUCCGGGCUGCUGAUGCCCUAGAGGAAACGGUUCCUGCAGAGACCGUUGAACAAGACGAUCCAACAUCCACCAUGUCACUUGAUGAAGGCGAAGAGUUGGAGUUGGACCAAGCCAGACGGCCCACAGAUAUGUCUGAGGGCAUUCCGCCAUCACAGUCGGUCGACGAAGCUGGCCGUGGUGGCUCUGAAGCUAAACGCGAGAACACGCCUGCCAAGCUUGAUGAAACGUUGCCCAUGGACAUCGACUCAUCUCCGUCCAGUCCUACUUCCCUUGAGUCCUCUCCCGAGGACAGUUCGCCCCUACCAGACCAAAUCUCGGUUGUUGCUCAGCCUCGUGAAGCUGCUCAGGAGCUAGAGGAGGAACCUGCAAGAGAUGUAAACGUCGUUUCUCCUGAGGUCCCUGACCCUGUUCAGUUAACCAAAUCACAGGAGACUCACGAGACGACGACGGCCAAGACAGGCUCGUUCAGACCUUACGAAAGCCCGCUGCGCUACUUCCAUGCGUAUCGAUUUCACCCGAGCUACCAGGACACUGUUUCCGGUGGCCUCAGAUCUCUAACCUACAGUAACAGGAUAAAUCCAUCCAUACCUCUCUGCCCGUCAGAGAUUGCUGGUGAACAAUGCGACGAGACGUGCGACUUCCAGCACAUUAAAUCUAUUGUUGCUCCUGACGAUGCCAUCCUCUUGGAGCUCGGCAAAGCCGACGAAUUCGAAGGCGAGCAAAAGACCCGGUUCAUCGAUGGUCUUCGCAAGCUCCUUCACGAAUUCCGUGCAAAGAAGGUCAGAGACUUCGACGCGAUUGCUCGCGGCAUCAUCGAAUACCGCGCUCGCUUCCUGGGGGAUAGGUCAAAGGUGCUUCCGUUGGAAGGGGUAACCCUUUGAUCGCCCCCUUGCCAUUUCAAGGCAUUUACCCUUCAGCUCUAAUCCCAUCAUCACAAACAUUGUGGCUUUAAACUGCCCCACCAUUCCGGCCGUAGAUACUUCAUUUUGACCCUGUCCUGCUUUGAAGAAGCAUCCACGGUUCCAUUCAUUUUCUUCCAAUGUGUUUCCCUUCGCAGCAUUUUUGACACGGGUUUGGGUUCAGGGGCCCGUUCUUCUCUCAUAAUUGCUCUUUGCAUGGCCUGCUUCCCAGGAUAGGCUAUAAUGGGAGCCGACGCUGUGUUGGCAUCACCCUGGUACAGCUGAGAGGUUUGAGCGGUAUUUGGGCAGCAUAUUCAAGAGGAGGAAAUUUUGCAAUUAUUAUACCCCCUUCUUUCCUACUGGGAUCUCACUCCCUGUGGAAAUCAGUCAGAAUUCCAGGCCGUUGACGUCCCUGUCAUGGCUAUAAGAGUGUGCGUGGCAACAAAAUAGGGGGGUAGAGAGAAAAAAAUGGGAUAGGCAAUGGGGGUUGCGGCAUUGAGAGAAAAGAUUCGUUGUCAG